UCUCAUUUCACUCUUGUAGGAUACUUAAGUACAAUACUAGCUAUCUAGCUCAAAUGGCUACGGCUAGAACUAGUGGCGUUGUUUUCGUUUUGGUGGUAGUGUUGGGUGUAAGUUUAUGUUCAGCCUCCAGGGCCCUCCUCAAUCUGGAGGGAGCUAGUAAUGGUGCUGGGUAUGGCGCUGGGCAUGGCAUUGGAAACGGAGGGGGUUCAGGUUAUGGAGGAGGGUCGGCAGGAGGAGGAGGAGGUGGUGGAGGAUCUGGUGGUGGUAGUGGUUAUGCAGUUGGAGGUGAGCAUAGUGUGGAGCAUGGUUAUGGAGGUAAUUACGGAGAUCAUGGAGCUGGUUACGGUAGUGGUAGUGGUAGUGGUGGUGGAAGUGGAGGUGGUUAUGGGAGCGGAAUUGAACAUGGUGCAGGUUAUGGUGGUGGAGGCGGAGGUGGUAGUGGUAGUGGAUCUGGUUAUGGUGUUGGGGGAGAGCAUGGUGUAAGCUAUGGUAGUGGAGGAGGUUCUGGUGGUGGGUCUGGCUAUGGUGCUGGAGUUGAGCAUGGUGGUGGUUACGGGGGUGGGGGUGGUAAUGGGGGUGGUUCUGGUUAUGGUUCUGCCAUUGGAGGUGAAUAUGGUAGUGGAGGAUACGGUAGUGGUGGUGGAAAUGGUGGUGGUAGUGGUUAUGGUGGUAGUGGUGCAGAACAUGGUGGAGGAUACGGUGGUGGCAGCGGCAAUGGUGGUGGUUCAGGAUAUGGUAGUGAACAUGGUGUUGCAUAUGGUGCUGGUGGAGGAUCUGGGAGCGGCGGUGGAUAUGGCACCUUCGGAGGUGAACAUGGUUAUGGUAGUGGAGGUGGAGGUGGAAGCGGUGGAGGUAGCGGAGGUGGCAGUGCUUAUGGUGGUGAACAUGCGGCAGGUGCAUAUGGCGCAGGUGGAGGGUCAGGCAGCGGUAGUGGAGGUGCUUAUGGUGGUGAACAUGGAGCAGGUGCCUAUGGUGCAGGGGGAGGCUCAGGCAGCGGCAGUGGAGGUGGUAGUGCUUACGGGGGUGAACAUGGAGCAGGUGUGUAUGGUGCAGGUGGCGGAUCGGGCAGCGGUAGUGGAGGUGGUAGUGCUUAUGGCGGUGAACACGGUGCAGGUGCGUAUGGUGCAGGUACUGGAUCCGGCAGCGGUAAUGGAGGAGGUUAUGCUGGUGAACAUGGAAAUGGGUACGGUGGAGGUGGUGGUAGUGGUAAUGGUGGGGGAGGAGGCCACCCUGCUUAUUCCCACCCAUGAGAAAGAAAAUUCUUACUGAUCUUCUCUGAAUUAAGAGAAGAAAUUGAAAUGCAUCUACUACGUACGUAUAAGAAUAGAGAUACAUGUAAUAAAUAGUAUCGUCUGGACUGUCACCAUGAGAUAAAUCUCUAGCAUUUUUGCAUGGAGUUUUUAUAUCUAUGUUGUCUUUUCUUUGAAUUAUUAUUUGUGCUAUCAUAUCAACUAUGUUAAUGUUGUCUAUUUAUAUAUUUUAUGGCUUACCACAUAUGUAAUGACCGAUUUCAUUUGAGGAAUAUAGGUAACAUCAUGUACUGCACGGGUUUCUAUGUGUUGCUCGCGGCAUAGGAUCUUGGUUCCUUCUUUUUCUUGAUGGUUGGUUGAGGUGUAUAUUUCACAAUGGUGUAUCUUUGACAUCAUAACCCAUUUCACGCAACAUUGAUGGAAAAAA